GGUUGCUGCUGAUUGUUCAUGAUGAUGUUGGAUCAUGGAGAUGGAAAAGAAGUGAAUCUUGAGGACUGCCCUAGGACCAAACUGCAACAAGAAUGCGUUAAAUACCUUGGACCUAAAGAGAGGGAAGCAUAUGAAGUUGUGAUCAACGAAAGGAAGUUAUUUUACAAAAUAAGUAAGAAGCCUGUGACUAGCACUGAGGGAUCCAAAUUGAUAUUCGUUCUAAGUACAUCAAGGAAGCUUUAUGUUGGGGAAAAGAAGAAGGGAUUGUUCCACCACUCUAGCUUCCUCGCUGGAGCUGCUACCAUUGCUUCUGGUGUACUCACUGCUCGUAAUGGGAUUCUUGAGGGUAUAUGGCCGAACAGCGGCCAUUAUCGUCCAACAGAUGAAAGUUUAAAGGAAUUCUGCAGGUUCUUAGAGGAACGUGAAGCAGACUUGACAAAUGUUAAGAAGGGGCAGUGGAUGAAGAUAUUCCCCCUCUUUCAGUAUUCUCUUCAAAUUAGAGGCCCACAUUCUAUUCAGGCAUUAUCAGCUGUGGAUCUGAGAAAAAGAGAGCAUGGGACUUCAAAGUGACUCUAAGUUCGUGCCACUUGAAACUUAAACUAGCUAGGAAUCCACGAUGACUAUACAAUUUAGUCUCCUCAUUUAGUAACCCAAAAUCAAAGAAAAAAAUGUGUAUAGACUUAAAAAUUGAAAUUUGAAAGUUAUUAUUUGGCAAUAAACAAUUUACAUGUUA